GACAAAAGGGGGAAAAAAAAAAACAAAACAAGAAAAACCGGAAGGCAUGAGAGAGAAAGAGAGGAGAGAGAGGUUGAGGCAUGAACGCAGGGAAGGCAAAGAGCCGUGGGUGUGAGAAAGGAAAAAGGAAAUUUCAUGCUAGAGGUGCAGUUUUGGGUCGAUUCUUGAGAAAGAAGCAGGACCGAAACUGAGAGAAGCUGUAAUUGGAACGUGGCGGGCGACUCAGACAGGGGAGGGAGCGGCUCUGUGAUCCCCCAGGAGAAGCAUGGUGAACGUGGGUAACCAUGGCGUUUCAGACUCGGCGACACAAAGAUCAAGGCAAAGAGAGAGAAAAUGAAGAGACGCACCUUUAGCUGAUUUUACUUUUUCUGACUACCUUUUCUUGCCAGCCUUUAACACCUCCAGACCUACAGGAGAAAGACAGCUAGCGAUAAUAAUCGCCUGAUGCAACACUUUCAGGAACUGACAGGCUAAAGAAAUAUCCAGUCAUUGCCCAGAGCUGUCACCACAUCAGCUGCAGCUCUACCCAAAGCAAGAGUAAUUACUCACUGAGCAUGGGAUGUGACAUUCAGAGCACUAAGUUGUCCCCUGGAGUCAGACCCCCAGGAACAAAUGAGUAGCAGUGGUUUUGCCAGCAGCUCCAGCUUGCUCCAGGGCCGUCGCUUUUAUUGCCGGGAAUGGGCCCUUGGACAAGCUGCGUCGCUGCCUGGACGCCCGCUCGGGGCCCAAGCAAGCACCAGGGGUCCUGGUAACUGGGGGCCCCCGGUGCCGGGAAGACUGCCCUCUGCACUGAGGUCGUGUGUCCCACUUCAAAGGCAGGGCUGGCCAGCGGGUUGGCACCAGCGUUGCCUUUGCAUCCCACUUCUGCCAGAGGAGGACCAGAGGAGUACAGUGCUGUGGAGUUCAUCCUGGGCCUGGUGGAAGCUGAGGGCUUCUCCUCUCCUCUCUCCUGGGUACGAAGAGUUCUCAACAGCCCAUCUGUAUCCUCUGUUCUGGAGCCCCUCAUGUGCCAAAAGGACCCCAAUGAGACCUUCAAGAGAGCAGUGUUGGAACCCCUGUUGGACCUUCCUCCUCCUGCCCAGACUCUGAUGGUAGUUGUGGACUCCCUGGAUGUAGAAUACGGGCCAGGUUACGGAGCUGGGACAAGUGGCUCGAUUGCAGAGCUUUUGGCCUCCAAUCAUGACCGGCUGCCCAGCUGGCUGCUGCUCGUCUGCUCAGUCCGCCGACACAACAAAGCCCUGUGCAAGAAGUUCUCAAGUUUUCGUAAACUCUGUCUGGAUGAUCUGCGGAAGCCUCCGGCAGUCCGUGACGUGCAGCAGUACAUCCUCUCUCGGCUGGAUGAAGAAGCAGCACUUCGCCGUCAGCUCACCCCUGACACAGCUGACAUGCUGAAUCUUCUGCACAUCAAAAGUGGCGGCUGCUUUCUCUUUCUUGAGCGUGUUCUGGAUGGUGUGGCAGCUGCACUGGUGGGUCUGCGAGAGAUCCGGGACAUCCCCGGGACCCUCAACGGACUCUACCUGUGGCUGUGCCAGAGACUGUUCCCCCGAGGGCUCUUCAGCUAUGUCAGGCCUCUCCUCAGUGUCAUCUUGGCUGCGCCGAGGCCCCUCACACCCCAGCAGCUAUUCACAGCAGUGUGGACUCAGGACACCUUAUCAAGCCUUCAGGACUUCGAGAGCAAACUCAAAACCCUCUCUCCUCUCUUGAUCAAUGGCCCUGGGGGCACCAAAAUACUUUUUCAUGCAAGCUUUACAGAGUGGCUGACAGAUGUUAAGUACUGCACACAGAAAUAUCUGUGCAGCAGAACAGAAGGUCAUAGCAUGCUCGCCACAUCUCUGACUCUACAGGGACCCAACCUGAACAUUGAGGAAACUUGCCAGCUAGCCACACACUUAAUUUGCUCAGGUCACCAUAAAGAUAAACCCGCAUUUUUGGCACUGUGGAUGCUGUGGGCGGGUGUACGUACUUUUAAUCCCACCUGCAGUAGAACACUUGCAACAUCCUUAGCUCAGCUUCCUGUUUCAGUGAGUCAGGAUGUUGCUCAGUUGUUAAUGAGAAGUGGACUUGUUUCUCCAGCCUUUUUUUCUGGAGCAGAGCCAAGUGAUGCAAUGCAUUGUUUGGGUGAAGCAGGAACUAAUUUGCAACAGGGACUUGAAAGGGAGGUGUAUAUAAAGAAACUACUAGACAGUCGGAUCUCUGUAAACCAGCUUGGUUCUACAGAUGGACAGACUCUGCUUGCUAGUGCAGCCCAUGAGGGUUCUGCGAAUUUAGCUAAUCUUCUUCUCACACGUGGGUCUGAUCCAUUGAUCAGUGAUCAUCAGGGUCAAACACCACUGACUUUGGCCUCCAGGCAGGGUCAUGUCAAAGUAUUGUCUGUGUUACUGGAAUGGGCCAAGAGUCAGGACCCAAAAUCUUCAGUACAGAUGAUGGAGCAUGUUGACAAUGAAGGAUGGACAGCGUUGCGCGCUGCAGCUUGGGGUGGACACAGUGAGGCUGUUCGACUGCUACUGGAUGCAGGAGCAGAUGUAGAUGGAUGUGACAGUGAGGGCCGGACUGCUCUUAGAGCUGCUGCAUGGGGAGGUCAUGAGGAAGUUGUCCUCACGCUAUUGGACUAUGGGGCACAAGUUGACAAAGCUGAUAGCAAGGGCCGCACGCCACUUAUUGCUGCUGCCUAUAUGGGACAUCACGAAACAGUUGUGAUAUUGUUGGACCACAAUGCACGAGUAGACUUAGCUGAUGGAGAUGGGCGCACUGCUCUGUCAGUUGCAGCCCUCUGUGUAUCUACAGCUGCAGGGGUCAAAGGUUUUGGUGAGGUAGCAAGUCUGUUACUGGAGCGUGGAGCAGAUCCGGGGCACAGAGACCAUGAUGGAAUGACACCACUUCUUCUUGCAUCCUAUGAGGGUCAUGAAGAUGUAGUUGAGCUUUUGUUGGAAGCGGGUGCUGAUGUAGAUGAAACUGCUGGACCUGAUGGCAGCGUCACUGCUGCGGCUGCUGUUACUCCCCUAUUGGCAGCUGCAGCAAUGGGACACAUGAAGACGGUGUCACGGCUGCUUUUCUGGGGAGCAGCUGUGGAUGCCAUUGAUUGUGAAGGCAGGACGGCACUAUGUCUAGCAGCAGCAAGAGGGAGCAUAGACGUUGUCCGCACUUUGUUGGACCGAGGCCUGGAUGAGAACCACAAAGAUGACCUUGGCUGGACUCCACUGCACGCUGCUGCGUGUGAAGGCCAUCGUGCUAUUUGUGCUGUUUUGACAGAACAAGGCAGCAUGGCACGUGUUGGAGAGAUGGACAUUGAGGGACGCACCCCUCUUAUACUGGCUGCCCAAGAAGGCCACUGGAGCACUGUUAAACUACUGUUGGACAGACGGUCUCCCAUUGACCACAGGGCCUAUGAUGGGCAUUCUGCCUUGAGUGCUGCCCUCCUGGAGGGCCAUGCUGAUGUUGCAGAACUGCUAAUGAAGCGAGGAGCUGAUACUGAUGUCCGGGAUGCAGAGGGACGUCCCUUGCUCUACAUCCUAGUAUUGGAGGGUCGCCUUGAUAUGGCUACUCUCCUAAUAGAGAAAGGGGGUGUUCCUUUGGAGUCGCGAGAUUCUGAGGGCCGCACAGCGCUCCAUGUGGCUUCCUGGCAAGGAUGUGUAGAGAUUGUAGAUCUACUUUCAAAACACGGGGCAAACCCCAAUGCACAAGAUGCAGAGGGGAGACCACCAAUACAUUCAGUGGCUUGGACAGGACAUGCCAAGGUAGGGUAUCGUCUCUUAGAAGCCAGUGGCAUCAAUAUAAACCUUGCUUGCCAUCAGGGGGCGACAGCUCUGAGCAUUGCUGCCCAGGAGGGACACACCAACAUUGUUGCAAUGCUUCUUGAAAGAGGGGCAGAUCCCAAUCACAUUGAUAAAUAUGGCCGCAGUCCAGUCAAAGUGGCAGGGAAACAUGGACAUUUUAACAUUGUCAGGCUGUUGGAGAGCUAUGGAGCCAAGCCAUAUCUAGGUGUGUUGCCUAACUCUAGUACUGUAUCCCCUUCAAAAUCCAUUGUGAUCCCGUCUUUAGGAAUCUUAGAAAGUAAUGGGGGUGAAGUAAAUGCUGCAACCUCCUCGUCUUCAGUUUCAUCUCCAGGCUCCACUGCAGAACGAUUCCACUCCAUGCAGAGCUCCCAGACCUCAUCUACCUGCCACUCACUGGCCACGGUGCAGACAGUGCCAGCUGACAGCCUCAGCUUUAUACAACAGAUCCAACAGCACUCACUGCCCCGCAGUCGUAGCCGUAAUUCCACUCUCCCUCCACCAGGGAGCUCAGGCAUGGGCAGUCUACACAAGAGACAGCCCAAAGGUAGCCCGCCCCCUACUGUAUGCACAGUCACUGCCAUGGUGCACAAUUACGAACUGCCUCAGAAAGGCCUGUCAUCUGGACUUGAAUAUCAUGACAAAAUAAGCAAACAAAGCUCAGAUUUAAUAAAAGCAGACAGGACUACUUACACAGGCGGUAAAUGGAACUCAGUAAUGGCUUCACUGGGGAUAAUGCCAGGGCAGGACCAACCCCUAGGUGCUAAAAACCGAGAGAGCCCUCCUCUCGGAUACCCGUAUAGGCUUCAGAGCCCACUUCAAGAGGAGGCUUGGGAUGCUAAACCCCAGAAGAACAUUUUGUCACCUGUUUGCUACAGUUUUACCCCCAUCCCACCUUGUAGUGCCUUACCAGAUGAUGUAAUGGUCACUAUGACAACCACAGACCCACAGCUUAAUCUCAAACGGGCCAUCAAACUGCAGUUUGAGGGUCCCACCAGUGUAGCCUUACACAAGAGAGAAACACCUCUGUGACUGUACACAAGUGGAGUCAUUCUGGCUGUUUAAGGAGAUGGCAUGGUUUUUUUUUUGUUUUUUUUUUUUGGAGGGUUCCUUUUACUGUGAUUUACUGGGUUCAGAUGAAAGAAGGAAAGAUUUCUUUCUCCAGUGUUCUUUCAGAAAACCAGAGGAAGAAAGGACUGAAUGACACUAAAGCCUUGCCUUUACCUGCUGUAUGGGAGGAGCAGUGCACCUACUUACUGACAAGACCAUGCUGAUAUAUUUGAAGUGUAAGGCAUAAGUUGGACGUUAUUUUUCUAUGGUAUCACGGUUUUGAUCGGCACCAGUGUGAUGAGACCUUUUAUUAUUUUAUUUUAAUUUAUUUUAUAUUUUACCCCAUGGACCCAUAUAUGGUUAACAAGAUAGACUUAUCUGGCAUUAGAGUAAAGUUUUUUUUUUGUUUGUUUGUUUUGUUAAAUACAGUCUUGUUCAAGAGCUUUAAGGCAUGUGGCCUUUUAUGACCUUUUAUGGAAGCUUUUGAUAUUUGCGUUAAACCGGCCUACAUCCUCCAUUGCUGUUCCAUAGCUGUCAACCAAAAAUAAUUUGCAGAAAAACAAGCCUACCAGAGCCUGAUCCACUGCUGGUUUAUGAUACAGUGCUCACUCUAAAAUACCGCCAAGUUUACUGAAUGCAACUUGGCUCACCAAGUGUGUCUGUGAGCAGGCAGGAAGGAAAAUGAAAACUGGACAAUAAAAACUGAGGGUGGAUGUGGGAGGAUUGUUAAUUCCAAAUUCCAUGUGUGUGGCCUAAAGAUUUCUAGUUC